AUGGAUUCAAAAGGCAAGGGUAAGGCGACCGACGCCACCUCUGCCGCCGCCGCCGACCAGGACCUCCUGCCCUGGGUGGAAAAGUACCGUCCCGUCACGCUCGACGACCUCGUCUCGCACAAGGACAUCACAUCGACCAUCCAGAACUUCAUCGACAAGAAUCGCCUCCCGCACCUGCUCUUCUACGGUCCGCCGGGGACGGGUAAGACGUCGACGAUCCUCGCCAUGGCGCGGAAGAUCUACGGCGCUCAGUUCCGCAAUAGCGUGCUCGAGCUCAACGCCUCGGACGAGAGAGGAAUCGACGUGGUGAGGGAACAGAUCAAGAGCUUUGCCAGCACAAAGAGCGUGUUUGGUGCAAAGGCCGGCUUCAAACUCAUCGUGCUCGAUGAAGCAGAUGCCAUGACGCAGGCUGCCCAAGGCGCCCUGCGAAGAGUCAUCGAGCAGUACACCAAGAACGUGCGCUUCUGCAUCAUCUGCAACUACGUCAACAAGAUCAUCCCCGCCAUCCAGUCUCGCUGCACGCGCUUCCGAUUCAACCCGCUCGAACCAGACCAAGUCGAGUCGCGUCUUCAGCACGUCAUCGAAUCCGAGCACUGCAACAUCACCCCUGGCGGCAAGGAAGCGCUGCUCAAGCUCUCGCGCGGCGACAUGCGUCGGGCACUCAACGUGCUCCAAGCCUGCCACGCCGCAUCCGACCACAUCGACGAAACGGCAGUGUACAACUGCACCGGCAACCCCCACCCCGAGGACAUCGAGGCUGUCCUCAAGUCCAUGAUGCAGGACGAAUUCACCACUGCCUUCAACACCAUUGUCGCACUCAAAACCGCAAAGGGCAUCGCGCUCGCAGACAUGAUCAGCGGCGUCUACGACCUCCUCGCCAGCAUAAAGCUGCCCCCAAAGUCCAGGAUCUACCUCCUAGACCAUCUCGCAGAUACAGAGCACAGACUCAGCACGGGCGGAUCAGAGAAGUUGCAGCUCACAGCGCUGCUCGGAGCAGUCAAGAUCGCAGUCGAACUGUCGCAGGCCUAG